AUGAAAAAAUUCUGGACUGCUCUAUGGAAGUUACAAGUCCCCCAUAAGGUUAAGGUUUUUGCUUGGAGGGCGUGUAAAGACAGUUUAUCAACCAAGGCCAAUCUGAUUAAGAGAAAACUGGACAUUGAAGGGAAAUGCAGUUUUUGUCAACAUCCACUUGAGGAUUUGAGGCAUGUGUUGAUAUUAUGCCCUUCCAUCUAUGAAUUUUUGAGGAGUAGGUUUCUAGUUUUCCAAAAUGGAGGCCAAAUCAGCUCUUUUCUCACUGCUGCAAUGGAUAUUUUAUUCAAAGGCACUUCUGAGGAACUGGCUGAUUUCUUCUUGAUGGUUUGGGCUUUUUGGUUCAGAAGGAACAAGAUGGUUCAUAAACAGAUUGCUUUACCACCUCAGCAAGUUAUUGGCUUUGCUUUUACAAACAAAUUGCAUAGUGUUGUGGUUAGACAUCAGCUAGGGCUUCAUAGUUCUAAAUACCUGGUGUACAGAUGGUCAGCCCCUCCAGAAGACUCUCUUAAGCUAAAUAUUGAUGGAGCUCUCUUUUUUUAUUUAAACAAAGCUGGUAUGGGUGUGGUUUUGAGGAACCAUAUGGGUGAAGUUCUUAUGGCAUCUAGUAGAGUGGAAUCUGUUUUCUUGGAACCAGAACAAGUUGAAGCUGUGGCAUUGUUGAGAGGCCUUCAAUUGUGCAUGCGUUUGGGUAUUCCUAAGCUGAUUAUUAAAAGUGAUUGUUUGUUCCUAGAAGAAGAGAUUAACAGAUCAUCUGAGUCUAAUGCAGCUAUAUGA